AUGAGCUCGAUCAAAUUUGUUGUGUCCUCGCUGGACGCGAUAGGGAAGCAUGCCGGUACCAGGAAUAGGCCAUUGAUCGAUUCCAUCCAGAAGGCUCAGGCCGCCCUCAAGGAGGCAGACCCGCAGCUCCCAGAUCCCGAAAUAAUAUUCCUACCCUUGUUGUUAGCCUCGAGGUCCGGCAAUGUCCAGCUGACGACCACCGCGCUCGAUUGCAUCGGCAAGCUGACCUCGUCCUCCUACUUCUCCGCCGCUUCCGAACCUCCUCCGGAGCAGCCCCCGGCCGAGGAUGAUGGUGACGGGAAGGGCAACGAGGCUGCCGAUGAUGGUGCUGCUGCAGCGCCGCCCAGUCCUGCCGAGCCCAAGGCACCGCUGAUCGAGCGGGCCAUCGACACAAUAUGCGACUGUUUCCAGGGCGAGGCCACACCCGUCGAGAUACAAUUGCAGAUUGUCAAGUCGCUCCUGGCUGCUGUCCUCAACGACAAGAUCGUGGUGCAUGGCGCCGGUCUGCUCAAGGCCGUGCGCCAGGUCUACAAUGUCUUCCUGCUCUCGCGAAACACAAACAACCAGCAGAUAGCGCAAGGCACCCUGGCGCAGAUGGUCGGUACGGUCUUUGAACGGGUUAAACUGAGGUUACACAUGAAAGAGACGCGACUAGGCCUGGCAAAGCUCAAGCAGAGCGAGAGCAAUGUGGCUCUCGAUCACCACGACUCUGUCAGCGAGCGCGAUACCAAUGGCGGAAGCGACGACGCCGUGGAAACCCCAGACGCGGAGGCAUCGGCCACGAGGCAGGAGGCCGACGACGGACCCAAGCUCACGCUGAAGGAUCUGGAGCAUCGCAAGAGCUUUGACGACUCGAACAUGGGUGAUGGACCUACCAUGGUCACCAAGGUGAAGGGCCCACAGCGCAAGGCUGCCCGGUCUGUCUCGGAGCACAGCGUAGCCGAGACGGUCAACACAGACGGGCCGCAGGACGAGACUCCUGAGUCUCUUGAUGCUGAGGACGAGGUCUACGUCCGGGAUGCUUAUCUCGUCUUCCGCUCCUUCUGCAACCUGUCUACCAAAAAUCUCCCACCAGAUGUCCUCUACGAUCUCCGAGGGCAACCUAUGCGCUCUAAGCUCAUCUCUCUCCACAUCAUACAUACCCUCAUCAACAACCACAUUGCCGUCUUCACAUCUCCAUUGUGUACCAUUACCAGCACGAAAAGUAACGAGCCAACGAGUUUCCUUCAAGCGGUCAAGUUCUACCUCUGUCUUAGUAUCUCCAGGAACGGAGCCAGCUCCGCCGACCGCGUAUUUGAGGUCUGCUGUGAUAUCUUCUGGCUCAUGUUAAAGUUCAUGCGAGCUCCUUUUAAGAAAGAGAUAGAAGUCUUUCUGAACGAGAUCUAUCUUGCCCUUCUGUCCAGAAAGAGCGCUCCUCUUUCGCAGAAGCUGCAUGUCAUCACCAUUCUCCAGAGGUUCUGUGGAGAUCCCCGGGCACUGGUAGAAGCAUAUCUGAACUACGACUGUGACUCGCAGAUGAACAACAUCUUUCAGGCCAUUGUGGAGGAUAUGGCCAAGUUUUCCACGAUACCUGUAGCGGUGACACCCGCGCAGGAACUGCAGUAUGAGGAGAAGCUGGCGAGGUCCAACCCGGGCGACUGGCAGAUCAAGGGCAUGAUGCCACCCUCCUUGUCCGUGACAUCCAUGGGACCGCCGCCCGAGACAGAGGCCGAGAUACCCAAGGAGUACAUGAUGAAGCGGGCGGCUCUUGAAUCACUUGUCGAAUCUUUGCGAUCCAUGGUCAACUGGUCUCAGCCAACACAGCCCAGCGUGACCACCGACUCCGCUGACGGCGAGAAGAGAUCUCUGGACGUACGAGAGUCGAUCGACCCUUCGAUCCUUGAAUCUGCAUCGAGACUGGACACCCCUGCGCCGUCCACGCCAACUAUAGAUGACGAUCCAGAGCAUCUGGAGAAGGAGAAGGCGCGCAAGACCGCACUGGACCACGCAAUCCGAGCUUUCAACUUCAAGCCAAAACGGGGUAUGAAGUUGUUGCUGGAGGCGGGCUUCAUUCCCAGCGAUAGUCCCCGUGAUAUCGCAAAAUUCCUCUUGAGCGAGGAUCGCCUAGACAAAGCACAGAUCGGCGAGUACCUGGGCGAAGGUGAUGCCAAGAACAUCGAGACCAUGCAUGCCUUUGUGGAUUUGAUGAACUUCACAAAGAUGCGAUUCGUGGACGCUCUACGGCAAUUCUUACAAUCUUUCCGGCUGCCCGGCGAGGCCCAGAAGAUUGACCGAUUCAUGCUGCAGUUCGCAUCUCGCUAUCUGGCAGGAAACCCCAACGCUUUUGCCAGCUCGGAUACUGCCUACGUUCUCGCCUAUUCCGUCAUCCUGCUCAACACCGAUCUGCACAGCAGUAAGAUCGCUCGUCGUAUGACAAAACCGGACUUCAUCAAGAACAACAGAGGUAUCAAUGACAAUGCAGAUCUGCCGGAUGAGUACCUCAUCGGCAUCUACGAACAGAUCGAAAAGGAUGAGAUCGUGCUCAAGAGCGAGAGAGAGACGGAGGCGGCUAAGAGCACGGCACCUGCUCAAUCCGGGGGCCUGGCUUCCGUAUUCACGAACGCCAGAGGAGCGCAGCGAGAUGCUUUCUGGCAGCAGUCUGAACAGAUCGCCCUCCGAUCGGAGCAGCUGUUCAAGGAUCUAUUCCGGAACCAGCGGAAGAACGCGGCGAAGACAGGCAUCAAGUUCAUCCCAGCCUCCUCGUCCCGCCACGUCGGCCCAAUGUUCGACGUCACUUGGAUGUCCUAUUUUUCUGCACUGUCAAACGAGAUGCAGAAUGCUCACAACCUCGAGGUCGUCAAGCUGUGCCUUGAAGGCAUGAAGCUGGCCACGAGGAUCUCAUGCUUUUUUGACCUGUCCACGCCGCGGGAAGCCUUCAUCUCGGUGUUGAAGAACACGGCAAAUUUGAACAACCCGCAAGAGGUGCUGGCCAAGAACGUGGAAGCACUCAAGGUGUUGUUGGAUCUCGGUCAGACAGAGGGUAAUUUCCUGCGGGAGUCUUGGAAAGAUAUCUUAAUGUGCAUCAGCCAGCUUGACCGGCUGCAGCUUAUCACUGGCGGCAUCGACGAACGAUCAGUCCCGGAUGUGUCCAAGGCGAGAUUUGUCGCCCACAAGAGGGAGGGCUCUACCGACUCUAGGCGAUCUACGAAGAAGGGGCGAGGGCGCACUGCCACCGGGCAACAAGGUUUCUCGACGAUCCUUGCCCUGGAGGCGAGAUCCGACGAGAUUGUCAAGACAGUGGACCGCAUAUUCACCAAUACCGCGAAUCUUAACGGCGAUGCAAUUGUACACUUUGCGCGAGCCCUCACGGAAGUGAGCUGGGACGAGAUCAAAGUCUCCGGUGCACACGACUCGCCUCGCAUGUACAGUCUGCAGAAGAUCGUCGAGAUUAGCUACUACAAUAUGACGCGUGUGAGAUUCGAGUGGACGCACAUCUGGGAUGUCCUCGGCGAGCACUUCAACAAGGCUGGCUGCCAUGUGAACGAGACAGUGGUCAUCUUCUCCAUCGACUCCCUGCGGCAGCUAUCCAUGAGGUUCAUGGAGAUCGAGGAGCUCCCCGGUUUCAAGUUCCAAAAGGAUUUCCUGAAGCCAUUUGAGCAUGUUGCGUCAAACUCAAACAACUUGCGGGUGAAGGAGCUUAUCCUGCGAUGUCUGAUCCAGAUGAUCCAGGCGAGGGGCGAGAACAUCCGUUCAGGCUGGAGGACGAUGUUCGGAAUCUUUACCGUUGCCGCUCGCGAUCCAAACGAGAGCAUUGUCAACAUGGCAUAUGAGAGCGUGCUCAAGGUCUACAAGAGCAGGUUCGGGGUCAUCAUAUCACAGGGAGCCUUCACGGACCUCAUCGUCUGCCUCACUGAGUUCUCAAAGAACAUGAAAUACCAGAAGAAAAGUUUGCAGGCCAUGGAGACGCUCAAAUCGAUCAUUCCGCAGAUGUUGAGAACACCCGAGUGUCCUCUUUCGCAAAGGUUCGAUAUCCAUGCUGCGCAGGACAGCAUGGCGGACAUCAACCUCAAUGCCCCAGGGCAACAGACACGCACAUCAGUGGAAGAGGGGUUCUGGUUCCCAGUUCUGUUCGCCUUCCACGAUGUGCUGAUGACUGGUGAGGACCUGGAAGUUCGGUCCAAUGCUCUCAACUACUUUUUCGAAGCACUUCUCAAAUAUGGCGGCGACUUCCCACCGGAGUUCUGGGAUAUCCUCUGGCGGCAACAACUAUACCCCAUCUUCUUGGUGUUACGUUCCAGGCCAGAGAUGACCAACGCCCUGAACCACGAGGAGCUGUCAGUGUGGCUAUCGACUACCAUGAUCCAGGCCCUUCGCAACAUGAUUACUCUGUUCACACAUUACUUUGAGGCUCUGGAGUAUAUGCUGGAUCGCUUCCUCGAGCUUUUGGCGCUCUGCAUCUGCCAAGAGAACGAUACUAUCGCUCGGAUAGGGAGCAAUUGCUUGCAGCAACUCAUCCUGCAGAAUGUCAGAAAGUUCACCCCUGAGCAUUGGUCCAAGAUUGUUGGCUCAUUCUGUGAGCUCUUUGAACGGACCACAGCGUACCAGCUCUUCUCGGCAUCAACAAUCAACAACACAGCCUCCUUGCAACCCGUCUCCAAUGGCCUGGAUUUCGAGAAACAAUUGAGCCCCGGUCUCGAAGCAUCUGAAGAUGACAAGUCUCUCAAGAUCAACGGUGUGGAUACGAACGGCCAUGCUGAGGAUGAGAGACCGACACCACCAGUGGCAGCAACAGCUCAACUAGAGGAGUUCAAACCGUCCAGCACCCUCCAGACACCAGCCCCACAGAUAUCGGCUGCCCGGCGUCGCUUCUUUAACCGCAUCAUUAGUCGUUGCGUGCUUCAGCUGCUCAUGAUCGAAACAGUCAACGAGCUGUUCAGCAACGACAACGUCUAUGCGCAGAUCCCCUCCGAGGAACUUUUGCGGUUGAUGGCCGUCCUCAAGAAAUCGUUCCUCUUUGCACAACGCUUCAACAAUGACAAGGAACUGCGCAUGCGCCUCUGGCGGGAGGGUUUCAUGAAGCAGCCGCCCAACCUCCUGAAGCAAGAAUCAGGAUCAGCGGCAACCUAUAUUUCGAUUCUCUUCCGCAUGUUCGCCGAUACGGACCCGCGUAGAGCAGGGUCCAAGGGGGAUGUGGAAAACGCACUGGUUCCGCUAUGCAAAAGCAUCAUACGGAGCUACGUGUCGCUCGAUGAGGAGAGCCAGCACCGAAAUAUUGUGGCAUGGAGACCUGUGGUUGUCGAUGUGCUCGAGGGCUAUGCUGCAUUUCCCGAAGCCAGCUUCAAGACGCAUGUGCAGGCCUUCUACGGGCUCAUUAUCGAACUGCUUGGCAGCAAAGAGAUGACGGGUGAACUACGUGGCGCAAUCCUCGGUGCGCUCAGGAGGGUGGGCGAGGUCGAGCUGGGGAUCCAAGGAAUGACGUCCAUGCACAGUGGACAGAACGAGGAGAGCCUGAGGCGUGGUAGUGUGGCCAGCGUGGCGAGAAGCGAAUCAUCGGUCAUGGUGGAUCAGGCUGCCGCUGAUGCUUCGACAAGAAUGCCUCUGAAAUAAACAAGGCACAGCUCGAAGAACAAAGAAGAUCUUGGCUCUGGACGAGAAGUAGAGAUAAUAGGAAGGUGUUUCAAGGCGCCUUAGAGAAUUCAUAUAUUAGGAUUCUUG